UUUCUGCUUGGUGUCUUGUUUUCGCGUUCUGAAUGUGACUUUUGCAUCAGCGCGCAAUCGGCGUUCCGCCAUGGAUGCCUUGGUGUUACACCGAGCUCGAGGGCUGCACGUGCUGAAGUUGGCGCUGCGCCUGGCGUUCCGGGUCUUUGCACCCGAGGUGUUUCUGCGUCAAUUGGCCGCCCUCGCCACGCUGAUAGUCCUCCGUCAUUCGUUUUGGCAAGCGCGGAAAUGGCUGCGAUCUCUCGCCAGCCGGAUGUCCUUUCUGCGCGGCAACAAGGUGAAGGUGAGGCAAGAGCUGCGGCUGGCCAGAAGGAAGUGCAAAGACUACGCAUCCUUCCAGAGCCUUGGGGAAAAGUUGGACACGAUUGAAGGUAAAGACAAGUGGAAGCGCGAUGAGAUCUCCACGCUCUUCGACUCAGACCGUUUGAGAGAGCGAACGAGGAAGUAUCAGCAAAUGAUGGCAGAGAAUGACGUGGAUGCCUGUAUGUUUGCCUUACGAGGCGAGCUUUUGCGAAAGCACUUUGGCAUUUGCAAUCCCGCACUCUUCCAGGUGACCAACACAGGCACGAAGACGGUGAUCGAGCAGUAUGUGGCCACGAUUUGUGAGGCGAUGGCCUGGGUUGGCUUCUCCUACGGCGCAUCCACAGAUGCCGAAGGAAAGAAGGCAGCCAUCACCGAACGGCUGGCCUUUUUCAACGAGACGAAGCAUGGCUUUGGCAGAAGCGCUCUCCUCCUGUCUGGCGGAGCGUCGGUGGGCAUGUACCACUUUGGGGUCGUCAAGGCGCUUCACCUCAACGGCCUGCUGCCGCGGGUGAUGAGCGGCACCUCUGCCGGCUCCAUCGUGUGCGGCAUGCUGGGAGUGAGGACUGAUGAAGAGCUGAUGGACAUGUGGAGAGACGAUUUUUCAUGGUCAAAGACCUUCUCCUUGGACUUCUUCGGAGACAAGGACCUGCACCGCUGGACGCGGACUGGCGAGGAGCUGUACAGCUCUGAGCACUUGGGGAAAGUGCUGAGGGACAAUAUCGGAGACUACACCUUCCUGGAAGCCUUCGACAGGACUGGUCGCAUCAUGAACAUCACGGUGAGCGGCCUGCCAGGCAAUACCAGGUACCCAAUGCUGCUGAACUACUUAACAAGCCCCCACGUGCUGGUGAUGCGGCUCGCACUGCCACACAGACCCUCCGCCUCUGCGAAAGCUGGUCUUCCAGGCAGCCAUAAAGGCGGUGUUCAACAGCCUCAGCUCUCCGCCCGACAGGUGCCCGCGCAGCUUGCGCUAGCUGUUGUCGCAGUACGGCACGUGCGAGUGGCCCGCAGGUGUGAUCCCAAGGGCAUCCUCACCGAGAUCCAGCAGCGGGCACGCAGCGGGCGCCUGGAUCCAGGCUGGUGCCGCGCGUGCCUCUGGCGCUUGAGCAAGGGGCGAGCGGACCCCCGCGCCAUCCUGGCACUCGUGGAAGUCUUGGAAGGGUCUUUGAGCAGACUCCCUCCCCGUGACCUGAGCAGCAUUGCCUUGGCCGCGGCGCGCCUGGACACGCAGGCUGGCCAGGGGCUUCGACAGCUCGCUGAAGACUCGGUGCAGCUGCUGACAUCCGCUGGCAAUCCCCAGGAUGUCGCCAACGCGGCCUGGGCCUUGGGCCGGCUGAGCUGUGGGAAGCCCCUGGUCUGGGCGCUGCUGAAGCGGCAGGCCUUUGGCGACUUUGGGCCGGUGGAUUUGGCGCAAAGCCUUUGGUCCUGCGCGGCGCUGCGGCUCAGCGACCAGCCACUGCUGAGUGCUUUGCUCGGCGCCCUCGUGUGUGCAGAGCUGCAGCCGCUGGGCCUGUCCAGCGUGGCCUGGUCUAUGGCAGCCUUGGAAGUGGUUCACCCUCUUUUGGAUCAGCUGGUGGUUUGUGCUAGCGACUGUGACUGCGGUCCUCGAGAGGCAUCCAACCUCCUGUGGGCCUUUGCAAAGCUGGGGGUGCUGGUUGCGCCGCUGGCGCUGCAGCUGCGGCCGACGGCCCUAAGGGGCCAAGAGCUGGCCAACGUGGCCUGGGCCUUCGCGCAGGUGGCUGACGCCAGCAGUGAUGCAACGGCAGCGCUGCAGCAGCUGACCGAGGAAUCAUUGCCUCAGAUCAAGUCCCUCACGCCUCAGGAGCUGUCGAACCUGUGCUGGGCCGCAGCCAGCUGCUCGGUGGCUUCUGGUCCCCUUCUUGAGGCGGCCAGCUCCGUGGACCUAAAGCAAAGCACCACCCAGGACUUGGCGCGCCUCGCCUGGGCCUUCGCCCGAAGCUCGGACUGCUUUGACGCUGCGCCGUUCCUCCGCGUUUGUGCGGCGCGGGUGGAGCCAGAGGCCAUGCAACCCAAGGAUUUCGCAGACCUUAUGUGGGCCUUUGCCAAGGUCCAGCUGCGGGAGGCGGCUUUGUGCCUCGGCUCAGGGCCGCGCCUGGCGCCUUUCUGCGGGGCCUCGGAGCUCGCGAACUUGGCCUCGGCCCUGGUGAAGCUGAGCCUCUCGGAAACUGAAGGAGCACUGCUGCAGCAGUUGUGCAUCGAGGCCACGAAGAAGAUGCACGACUUCAAGCCGGUAGAAUUGGCCAACUUCUCCUACGCGAUGGCAAGAGCUUCUGUGGGCCAGGAGUGCUUUGCCCAUGUCGCACGGGAAGCCAAAAGCAAGAUAAACUAUUUUACUGCGCAUGACUUGGCCUAUGUGGCCUGGUCAUUUGCCACCGUGGGAGUUGUGGACCAGGUUCUCUUCGAUCAGAUCGCGCAGCGGUCGCUCAGCAAGCUGAGUGACUUCACGCUGCAAGGCCUGGCGGAUUUGGUGUGGUCCUACUCCAUCCUUAGCAUUCCUCAUGCCGACCUCUUCCGAGCUCUGCGAGCUCACUUUUCCGCCCAGCUGGAUGGAUGGGCGGGCGAAACUGAGAGCCGCGCCAAGCUGCUCGCACGCGCGGACUUCUUCAGGAGGGUCCUUUGGGCGCUGAGUUUUAGCAGAAGCUUGACGGCGGGGAUGGUCAAGCAAGCGCAAAGGGCCUUUCUUCGUAUCGGCGGGGCCUUGGACUCAUGGUCUUCCGGGACAUGUGUUUGGCCUCUGACCUCGAAAGCCUCACCUGAAAGCCUUGAACCAGUUGAACCAGGAGUCGUACUGGAACUCCCCGAAGUGUUGGUGGUGCAGAAGCCUCCGGGCUGGCGGGUGGACACAGGCAGCUUGGAGGAUUCGGACUUCGAAGAAGCACCUUCCAGCCAGCGGCUUCUCUCGACCUUCUUGCAGGCGAGAUUCCUACGGAGGCAUCAUCCGAUUUUGGCUGAUCCAACGCACAACUGCGGGUUUCUUCAUCGGCUGGAUGUUCCGGGAUCGGGGUUGAUCGUCAGUGCCACGUCCUACGCAACCUUCUGGGAUUUGCAGCUGCAGUUGGUGACUGGUCAUGUGGCCAGAGAAUACAUCGCUCUGAGCCAUGGCUGGGGCGACCCGCAGCGUAUGGCUGCGCGCAUCACCUGGGACCGAUUCGGAGAAUCCCGACCCAGCCAGGCAGGCGCUGGGAAGGCCGCCGUGACCUCGGUGAAGGUCUUGGGACAGCAUGUGGCGCCUGAAGCCAAGGCUGUCUCGCUCAUGGGUUUUCGCAUCCAAACCGGGCGGCGACACCAAAUUCGUGCGCAGUCGGCGCACACUGGGCAUCCUAUUGUUUGCGACGGGAAGUACACCGCGGCGGCAUCCUUUUUUGGUGAUCUCCAGUGGUGUCCAAGGAACUUCCUCCACCGGUGCCGAUUGGCGUUCCUUCGUGGAGACGUCGAGGUCGAAGUCUGGGUGAACGUGCCUUGGGAUCUCAGCAGCGUUCUGGAGGCACUACAAGACCGCGGCCACUCCGCGGCGCGGGAACAGCUGCUGCAGGGCUCGUCCUCAUCCUGGGCGGAGUGGCAGUCUCGGGAGCUUCUGAUCAAAGACCGGCACGGGAAUAUUGCGCCCUACGUCUCAGGUGGGCUGAAGUGGCAAGAUGGGUCAAUGCAGUCCGAUUUGCCCAUGGCUCGGCUUGCGGAGCUCUUCAAUGUCAACUACUUCAUCGUCUCGCAGGUGAAUCCACAGGCCAUGCUUCUCACAGGAGGCGGCGUUGGUUCGCAGAAGGGUCCCAUCUACCGCCUCGCGCAGUUCCUGCGGCGCGAGAUCAAGCAGUAUUUGCUGAGCAUGUUGGAGUUCUGGAGAGGUGCCGGCGCGCGGCACCCUUGGCUGAGACCCGUGGGCAACACCAUCAUCGGCCUAGUGGUCCAGGAGUACGAAGGUGACGUGACCAUUUACAACGGCCGCGGUCUCCUGGAGAUGCCGACGCUGCUGCAGAACCCCAGCGAAGAGACCCUCAGGAAGUAUACCAUCGCCUCCGAAUGGGAGACUUGGUGGCAUAUCCCUGAGAUCCAGAACGCCUGCGCCAUCGAAUUUGUCAUGGAUGAAAUCUGCAAGGAGUUGUUGGCAGACCUCCGAGCAUCAGAGGCAGACAAGAGCGGCCUGGCGCGCACGCCCUCGCUGAUCUCACGGGUGGUGCCCCCGGAGACAGGACUCAAGAGGCUCCCGUCCUUCCACCAGGAGGCCUUACGGAAGGAGCUGCUGGGCCCCACCAAGGGGCACGAAACUCUGAGAGCUGGUCGCCAGAAGGCGCAGGGCUUGCACCGCCGGGGCUCUGGCGGGCGUUUGUCCUCGAUGCGCAGCAUGGCGGACAUGGCGCUCAUGACUGGAAUACCGAACUGA